GGAUUACUUGACAGGUAAAUAAACAUCGAUUAGAACUGAAAUUGAUUUAAAUGGCAUUGAUAAAUAUGUUAGCAUCCCGUGAUCGGUUUAAAGGUUACAACCGCUAAUGAAGGAAUGCACCUGUGUAAUGGGAGAUAGGUGAAAGAUUCCUGAAAAUGGUAACAGUUAAUACAGGUUUAACCAAGACAUGGUCAAGAAUUUAGUUGGUGCAAAACUCUAGGAUGGCUGGAAGAGAUAAAGAAACCACCAUUCCAAGGACUUCAAGUACACAUUUGAUCGAGCAGGCAGAGGCUGUGCAGGGCCUGUCUCAGACCGACUUCCUGUUUGCUGUCCAAUCCUCGGGGUCCCAGGAUGAGGAGGGAGAGCACUCUGGCAGGGAGGGGUACACAGUCGACGACAUACAGGGUGUACUGCAGAAUGAUGCUGCACCUAUUCUGGGAGAUAAAUUGAAAUCAGACAACUUUUCACAUAAUGGCGACCAGUCUCCAACAUAUGAUGAUGCAUGGAGUGUCAAACCUGGUUUUACCCAGAAUUCUCAGUCAUCCAGUGGUCAACCAGGCCAUGACCGAGAACCAGCAAGCAGUGACUCUUCAGGGACUGUGAAACAGCCAAAUUCCUCCCCACUUUUGCUUCCAGAGUUACACGUAGACCAGGACCAAUCUCUCCAUCCGAGUGUGGAUGCUGACAGUGACAAUUCCUCAAAGCCAGGUUCUCCGGGGCAUGUGCUUAAAAUUGUAGAAUCUUGGGAGGGGAACAUUGAUGAGUAUCACUUGUCAGGGAGGGACUCAAAAUCUCCUGUCUUAGGGUCAGGGGGCAACUUGGAAUCACCGAGGUCAGAAUCUUCGGGGAAUGAAUCUUCACCCCGGUCUGGUUCCCAUGGACAUUCUACAGACAAGGAAAAUCCAUGGAAACCUUCGGCAUUUAAGACAGCCCCUCAGCCUCUUCCAGGAAUGGUGAAGCCCAGUAUCUAUUCACUGGCUAGAAACGUGAAUCUGGAUUCUGAUCCUGAUUCUGAAAACUUGGUAGAGGAAAAUGUGUAUGAAUUUGUUGCUCCUGUGAAUAAGAAACCAGAGAAGAAACUCAGUCCAUACGAUCCUCCAUGGUCAGAUGACUAUGCUGAUCCCACUGAUGCCAUGAAGGAAGCCAAUGCUCUCAAAGCAGCUAAUGGAAAAAAUACAGAGACAGACCAUAGCCAUAUUGACCCCACCACAGGGGAGCCUCUUUAUGACACGCCCCUGGAAUCCAGUGCUUGCUAUGACCACCUAAAUCUUGGGAAAUCCCAGAGGGAGUCCACCAACACAGAUCAUCCUUAUGGCUUCCAUAGUGGCAAGAGACUGCUUGCUUCAGUGGAAGAGGGAUCUGAUGGCAGGGUUUACAGGAAGAAGCAAGGAGGAAGAGAGAAGAGUAAGAAAAAAGUUCGAAUAUCACAAAAUCCCCCAAAGACAUACGAAGUUGAGAAACACCCAGAAUUUGUAGGGUCAGGGAAAUAUGAUGAAGUGGCCAGUGACAGUGAGGAAUUCUAUGAGCCCGUGGGGACACGGUCUCCUCACCGAGACCAUCGGAACUCCACCAUCGACAGCACAAUAUCCUGGGGGUCGGACUUCAGGGGGUCAUCAGAGGAGGAAUACAUCAAUACAUCGGAGUACCCAGAUAAACCCCUCCCACCAACCCCGGAUAGGGUCCGACCAGAAAGGACCCCCUCAGAGGAAGAGUGUCCAGUCAAACCUGUGAAGAUCAAUCUGGAGAAACACCCACCCCCCAAUCUACCACCCCCGCCAGAGGGUAUCAAAAAGGAACAGGUAAAAAUCAGUUCCUCUCAGUUUUUCAAAACAACAAAGCAUGGAGAGAAGAAGGCUCAUGUAGUGAGAAACAUCAUUGACAGCGAGAAGUCUUACUUAGAUGCGCUGGAUAGGAUUGUUAAUGACUACAAGAGCGCCAUUUUGUUUACAUUUAACCUGGACAAGGAGAGUGUUCCAGUGGUUUUCUCCAAGGCUCAGGAAAUUCUUCAUCACCACAGGAUGUUCCAGAUAGAACUAGCAGAGAGCGUCAAAAACUGGUACACAGAGGAAAAAAUCGGAGCAAUAUUUACAGCAUCAUUUUCUAGAGACAUGGUUGUGAAUGUGUACAGUGAAUAUGUCAACAACUUUCCCAUGGCAAUGGAGGAAAUCAAGGCAGCUCAGAUCUCAAAACCAGGCCUAGAGGAAUUCCUAAAUAAUACAUCAAAGAAGAGUAUAGAUCGCCUGACAUUGUUUGGUCUCAUGGUAAAACCAAUACAGAGAUUCCCUCAGUUCAUCAUGCUCAUCAAGGAUCUACUGAAGUACACCCCUCAUCAUCACCAUGACAGGUCGUCCCUCCAGACCGCCCUCACAGACCUGGAGAACGUCACCCACAUGCUCAAUGAGCGUAAACGCGAGUCUGAGGAACUCUUCCAGUCCAAGAAACUUCAGAAAACGCUCAACUUCAAGAUUCCUGGAGAGAAACAGUGCCGCCUCGUCAGACAGGAUGACAUGGAGGAAGUCUCACCAGAACGAGGCACACCUGUCAAGGUGAGGAAGCUGUACCUGUUGGACGACUGCAUCAUCUGCUGCUCUAUGCAGGGGAAUAAUCAACAGAAGAUCAAAUGGGUGAAGCCUCUGUGUGACUUGGAGCUAAAAGACACGGCCAUUACCCCAGACAUGCAGAGCAUCGUGAGAGUCAACACCAACAAAUACAGUAUACACUCGGCAGUAGUAGAGAGUAAGGAGGAUGACAUUUUUAACCUUCAUCGUGACAUCAGUGACAUGAUGCAUGACGUUUCCGUCCUAGGUCAAAUCAGCACGCUCACCAACUCGCUCAAACUCUCAUACGAGGGUAUUACUGAGGAUAAAAUCCAAGAAGCCAUAACAGACCUUCAGCUGCAAAUCCAGUCAAAGGAUCAACAGCUUCAGGUCCUCAAUAGUUCUACCAUCACUUUACAGGAUCCCAAAUACACUGGAAAAGAAUGUCGGUUUGUUUUCAAGACGUCUUCACCAGAGAUAAGACAGGAAUGGAGCAUUGAUUUUAUCAUGACGAAACUCACAAAAGAUCCAUUAAACAACCCCAGCUGGCACAUGUCCAGUACCUCAGGUAAACAGAAAUCCAUUCACCAACCUGCCAUGUAUGUCAGACAUAUGUCAGUGGACUUGCCCAAACACUUCACAAAGGUGAAGUGUGCUGUGCCCGUCUACCUGUCUGGCAGGGGGAGUAACUCUGACAUCAGCAUGCAGCAUUUGUGGGUAGUGACAACCUCUGAAACCCGCGCUCAGGUGUCCCUGGUCUCAGUCCACACAACACGACUCACCCUCAUUGAAUCCUUCAAGGCAGCAGACACAGAGAUUGUUACUGUGGAAACAGUACCAGCCAUUUCCAUCACUGACCAAGACGAGGCGUUUGUGGAAGACACAGUGUGGAUGUCAACAGAAAAGUGCGAAAUACUUGUGUACAGUCUACUGGAUGAGAAUGGAGUGAGAAACUUUACCAGUGGAGGAAGAAAGCCCCGCAGUAAAUUCUAUUGUCAUGGCAUUGCAGUGGCGAUUAAGUAUGCAGACGACAGGGUCUUUGUUGGCCUUCGAGAUGGAAAACUUGUCAUCUAUGACAGAGAUGACAAGGAUGGGAAGUGGAAUGUGGAUUCGCCACAUAUAGUGGAGAUAGGCAGUGACAUGCCCAUCUCGUGUAUCAUUGCUAUAGAGGAUGAAAUAUGGGUGGCCUGCGGGGAUACUAUAUAUAUCAUACCAGUGGAUGAAAACGAGUUCCAGAACAGAAAACAAUAUUUACAGUGGGAUCGCCUGGUGUGUGACGGAGAGGCGGUGAUAGCUGACAUGGUCCGCUCUGGGUGUGGCCUGUGGAUGUCGUUCAAGGACAAGUCGUACGUCCGCCUCUACCACAUAGAGACGAAGGAGAACCUUCAGGAGAUCAAUAUAGGCUCCACAGUGGACAGGAUGAUGUCAGAAAGUAAAUAUUGUUCAGAUGAGAAAAGUCCCAAGACAACCACAGUGACCAGCUUAAUGGCCAGCCGAGGUUUGUUGUGGGUGGGGACGAGCCUGGGUAUUGUCUGUUCCCUCCCUCUACCCCGGCUACGGGAUGGGGUACCCCUUAUUAAGGGGAGGCCAGAUGUGUCACUACACGCUCAUAAUGGACCGGUGCAGUUUCUGAUCCCUAUUUACUGCGGAACUGUAAAUCUAUGGCAGAAGGCUCAGGGUUUGAACUCUACAGAGUCUGUUGCGUGGAGGGAGAAUGCAACAAGUGUGAAAAGACGGAAAGGCAGCAAAGACUCCAUUGAUGAGACCAUAGCUACAGAAGUGGAAAUUGACAGUCAGACAGAAAUAUUGGAUAUCAAAACAAAUGGUCCCAAAAACAAUGAAACAGACAGUGUAUCCGAGUCGGACAGUAGUAGUCUUGAUCGAAGGAAAUCCAAGUCUGCUGAAGAGUUAGUGUCAGCAAAACCUCAGGCGGAGUUUCUGUGUUCUGAGAAUAUUCAGAGUAAAGCAUUGACACUUAGAACAGAGUUGAUGCAAAAAUUAGCUAAAAGAAAUUUAGCCACCCCAGACACCAGUUCCCAAGGGGAUGAAAAUGAAAUCAGGAUGUAUUAUGGAGAUUUGAUGUCCAAUGAGGACGUCAAAAGAGAUCAAACUGUGAAAUGUGACAUAUCCCCUCAAAUGAUACCCAAGUCAUCAAUUAAGGAAAAACCAGGAAAAGAGAGACCAAACUUUAAGAAAAGGCUAUCAGUGGGUCUUAAGGACAUUAAGAAAAGUAUAAUUCAUAAACAGCCGUCUGUUCGUAUCCAUGGCGAUGACCGAUCUUCCUCCGCAGUGUACGAGACACUGCGGAGAAGAAACUGUAAUGCGGUGGUGGUGGUUAGCGGCGGUGAUGGAUACAUAGACUGGAGGAGCACCACUCAGUCCCACAAAAUCCACAGCACGGAGGCAUCCAUGAUGUUGUGGAUUUACAAAUUUUAAAAAUUUCAAGAAAAUACCUUAUUCUGUUAGAAAUUAUGUUUUGGUUUUUACAAGUGCCUGCAUGUAAUGAAUUUUAUCAACUAACUUUCAUAUAUUGAAUUUACCCAGUACAUAUAAAUGUUACCACAAUUACUUUAUAUAAUUUGAAUUUUUAAAGCAUUAUACUCAUAAGAUUUUUAAAUCUUUUUUAAUUGUUUAUUUAAAAAAAUUAAUUUCAUUUGGAUAAAAUGUUAAGUUGGAAUUUCAAGCAAGCAAAAUAAUGGUAUGUUUUGUUGCUUGGUUUAAAAAGGAUAUCGGUACAUGCAUUGAAAACAUAAAGCCCUUUGAAGAUUAAUAACAAAAUUAGAUACAAGUCUUUUUUAGUUACACUUGUGUAAACACGGAUUUACAUUCCAACGAACCUUGUAAAAAUUUGGAUAAACCAUGAAAAUUGGCCUCCACAAAUUUAAAUGAUUUCACAAUGUUAUGAAAUAGCAUACAUGUAUUUCAUUUUGACAUCUUCCUUUUUUUUCAUACAUAACCAUCAUGCAUACUUGCCAAUCUCCAACAUGUGAAAAUCUGGUCAUGACUAGAUUUGGAAAGUAAAAAAUCUGGUCAUGACUAGAUUUGGAAAGUAAAAAAUCUGGUCAUAGCGCGUAAUGACAUUCACGACAUAUUUACCAUGCAUUUCAUAGGUAUAUACAAUAGAAAUAUGUGUUAAAACUUAUGUGUAGUACUUUAUUGCAAAGAAGCAUUGUAACUAACAGUUGCUGAAUUUGAAUUUUGUAAAGUGAUCUGACACAGAAAAUGGUAGGUUGUGUUCAGCUAAAAAAAAAAUGCAAAAAGAGUUUCUGCUACAUUAACCUUGUUUUUGAACUCUGUAAAUGAUGGCAUGAAAGUUGUAAGUGACUUGGAAGACUUUUGUGUAUUAAAAAGCAUUCUAUACAUGACUUAGCGUUUUUGAAUGUUUAGUCAGAUCAUUUUGGGCACACAAUCCAAUAUUCAAAUGUGCGUUACAUAGAACAUGACAUGCUUUUAAAUGACCAGUUCCUGCAUAGAGGGAAAUAUUCGCCCGUUUUAUUUUUGCUCCUUUAACCCCCGUUGUCAGAGGGUGAAUUUAGGACUGGACGAAUUACAAUGCUCAUAUUUUUUCUCUUUAAACACAACUUUGUCUAGGCAAAUUCAAAUCAGGGCAAAACUGUAUGCAAGUGAUGAAGGGUGAAAAUAACAUGACGAAAAUAACCCUGUAUACAGUAUCUCAGUGAAACCAAAUUCCUAAAUUUGUGUGUAAUUGAUGUGAAAUCAUUUCCCCAGGAAAAAAAAAAUUAUUUUGAAGCUUAUUUUGUUCAACAUAUUUCAUUUCACUGAUGUUUUCAUUUUGUUUUUAAAGUUCUCUAUGUGUAAUAUAUAUAUAUAUAUAUAUAUAUGUGUUAAAUUCAUUGAUAACUGUAGAACUGUUACAGUCUUAAUCUGAGAUGAACUCUCAACAAGAAACAAGGGCCAAUCAAUACAUUUAUCAUAUUCCAUUUUUCUGAAGAGAUAAAUUCAUUGCUGCAACAAAGUUGUCAUUGAACUUUUACUGUGAACGUAUAAUACACGUAUUAAGUUUGUACAAUAUUUGGCGGAAAUUAAUUAUUCAUCAAUUUUGCGCGGAUUUGAAUAAGUGAAUUACUAAAAGUAUCUUUUCUUCUACAUAAUUAUAUGCAAGGCAUAAAGCAGUGUAAUCGUUUAAUUGGAUGCAGCUUUCCGCCAAAAGCAAUAAAUAGAAUACACAACCAAAUAAAAUACAUUUAUGUUAACUUUGCAGUAUGUAUUCUAUCAAAAUGAGUGCUGUUUGUUUGUGAAAUAUGAAUUAAAUUGUUAAAUCUAAAUGUCCUCCGUUACAUGUGCCGUGUUUGAUUAUACAGUAAAUGCACAUCCUUGUAUUCUGAUUAGAGUGCUGUAUGUAUGUAUUGAAUUUUAGAAUUGUCAAUUUUUAUACAGAUAAGUGGGUCACAAGAUGGAGUGCAAUACAUGUAGAGUAGUUUUGUUGAUAGCAAGUUAUUUCCCCUGUAUUUUAAUAGUCCCAGUGUGUUUACCUAUCUACUGGUGCAAAACUUCUGUGAUAGACUUGUAAAAAUUGAAAUUUGUUGAAAAUUGUAUCAUUGUUUAUAAAUUUAAUAUCUUUAACCUUUUGAUUUUGAUAUUUGUCGAAUAUCGUAGGUUUGUUAUGUUUGUUUUUUAAAUCUUAUGAUUGUAUUUUAAAUUUAUUCAACAACAACAAAAUAUUCAACAAUGGGUAUAAUAAAACAUCAUAAUCAUAAACAAACUAAAUCAUUGUGAUGAGUUAUUAUUUC